CAUUUGAGUGCCGGAACUGGGGUGGCAAGGGGGAGCCACCGCCACCCCCAUUGUAUACAGGAAAUUACAAUUAUACCCUGAGUAUUCCCAAUUCUACUUCAUUUCCCCUUUCCCUUUCUCUUUCAUCAGAAACGCGAUUUUCUUUUUCUUCUCCCAGACCACACCACCGCUCUCCAUUCACCACACCACUGCCGCCGCAACCACUCUCACCUCCUUCUCCAUCCAUCACCGUCUCAUCCUCCUGCGUUUUCUGUGUUGAUUAGAGAGUUAUCUCAUCUCUCUCCAUAAACCCUAAUUGUUCUAAAUUAUAAGCAUGAAUCGCAGUUACUUACAAACGCGGCGAUAUCAAAAGCCAUGAUGUCGCAACUCACAUUGCGGUCAAAUAAUGGCUGCGUUUCAAUUUUUAUGGCGGCCACCCCAAACAUUUUUGUCUGGCUCCGCCACUGUCUAUAAGAUGAUGAUUUCUAGCAUGACAGUAAUUGGGAGAUUAUGUGCAUGCUGCACUUCUUAUCAACUGUCUCCUCUCCGACUCUGUUCUAGAUGCUACACGGAUCGGUCAUUGUAUCACAAAAAUCGAACCGGCAUAUAAUUCUUCCAUAUUGGUUUCGCCGACUUUGGUUCUAUGCAACUUUGCUUGUGUUUCUACCAUUAAUUGGCGGUCUUGCGCCUUUUGCUGCUCUUAGUCAAUGGAACAACCAUUUUUUGUUUAAGCUUUUUACUAUGGAAGAUUCUGAGGCCAAAUCUACUGAAAACCAGCAGACUGAACAAGUGUGUAGUUUCUUUAGAAAACCUGUUAAUAGGAAGAAUAUGAGGAAGCGAACUAUUGAGAAUGAAGAUAAUGAAAAUGACUCAAACAACGAAGAGUCUUUGAUGCAUGUUCAGAAAAAGAACACGAAGGCUGACAAUAAGUUGUUCUUUUCCACCGGUUCUUCGAAGAGCUCUGCAUCUGCUAAACCGAAUGAAGAAUCUGAGAAACCUAGCUUUCAUUUCGAGUCUUCUAAAGAGAUUCAAGUUCAACAUGAUAGCAAAGCAACAGCAACUUUGGAGACUGAGACUGAUUUUUCAAGAGAUGCCCGUGCCAUCCGUGAAAGAGCUCUUAAGCAAGCGACAGAGAGUCUCAAGGGAAAGAGUACCAGUUCCGAGGAUGUAAAAUUAUACAAGGGAAUCAAUAAUUAUACAGAUCAUAAGGCUGGAUUUCGUAGAGAGCAAACAAUUGCCAGUGAAAAGGCUGGUGGGUCACACGGUCCUCUCAGGGCUUCAGCUCACAUAAGAGUUUCAGCAAGAUUUGAUUAUCAGCCAGAUAUAUGCAAGGAUUAUAAGGAAACUGGUUACUGUGGGUAUGGUGAUUCGUGUAAGUUUAUGCAUGAUCGAGGUGAUUACAAAUCUGGGUGGCAGAUGGAGAAGGAAUGGGAUGAAGCUGAGAAAGCAAGGAAGAUGAGAUUGGCUACAGGUGAGGAUGCGGAAGAGGAAGGCGCUAGUUUGAAUGAUGAAGAUGAUGAUGAAGACGCAUUACCAUUUGCGUGUUUCAUUUGUAGAAACCCAUUUGUGGAUCCUGUCUCAACCAAGUGUAAGCACUACUUCUGUGAGCAUUGUGCAUUGAAGCAUCAUGCAAAGAAUAAGAAGUGUUUUGUCUGCAAUCAGCCUACGCUUGGCAUUUUUAAUGUGGCUCAUGAGAUACGAAAGAAGAUGGCUGAGGAUAAAUAGAUUCAUCCAAUACGAUCAAUGACUAUAUUUUUGCUUCUUGGAGGUCAUUUCCCCCUCUCUUUUGUUCUCCCAUUUUUAACUAUGUCAAAUGGAGAUGCAUUGUAUUGAGUUGAAGACAUAUUUUAGGUUUGCGCACAAGUCUUGUCAAUUUUGUAUCUAUUGACUAAUACAUCCCAAAAUAUAUCUUGUAGUGGAAGAUCUGUAUCUGUUUGAAAUAACAUGUUUGUGGUACAUGUUGUAGUUCUUA